GUCCGGACGGUGGGAAGCCGGGGGAGAGGGAUGGUGGCCGCGGGACCCGACCACGUCGUCGACGCCAUCGCCUCCUCCCGGCUGUGAGGGGCCCGCCCGGGGAGGGAGCCGGCAUGGUCCGGGAAACCAGGCACCUCUGGGUGGGAAACUUACCGGAGAAUGUGCGGGAGGAGAAGAUCAUCGAGCAUUUCAAACGAUAUGGACGUGUUGAAAGUGUCAAAAUUCUCCCCAAAAGGGGAUCCGAAGGUGGAGUGGCAGCCUUUGUGGAUUUUGUGGACAUCAAAAGUGCACAGAAGGCGCACAAUUCAGUCAACAAAAUGGGAGAUAGAGACCUUCGGACGGAUUAUAAUGAACCAGGCACCAUUCCAAGUGCUGCUCGGGGAUUGGAUGAUACAGUUUCCAUAGCAUCACGUAGUAGAGAGGUUUCUGGGUUCAGAGGAGGUGGUGGGGGGCCUACUUAUGGCCCCCCACCAUCACUUCAUGCACGGGAAGGACGCUAUGAGCGGAGACUUGAUGGGGCUUCAGAUAACAGGGAGCGUGCUUAUGAACAUAGUGCCUAUGGACACCAUGAACGGGGGACGGGAGGAUUUGAUCGGACACGGCAUUACGAUCAGGAUUACUAUAGAGAUCCUCGAGAGCGGACUUUACAACACGGGCUCUAUUAUACUUCUCGGAGUCGAAGUCCAAACCGCUUUGAUGCUCACGAUCCCCGUUACGAACCUAGGGCCCGGGAGCAGUUUACAUUACCCAGUGUGGUACACAGGGAUAUCUACAGGGAUGACAUUACGCGGGAGGUACGAGGCCGAAGGCCAGAACGGAAUUACCAGCACAGCAGGAGUCGCUCACCACACUCAUCCCAGUCUAGGAAUCAGUCUCCCCAGAGGCUGGCUAGCCAAGCGUCUAGACCCACGAGGUCUCCUAGCGGCAGCGGUUCUAGAAGUCGAUCGUCCAGUAGCGAUUCGAUCAGCAGCAGCAGCAGUACCAGCAGCGACAGCAGUGAUUCCAGCAGUAGUUCAAGUGAUGAGUCCCCGGCCCGGUCGGUUCAGUCUACAGCCGUCCCUGCACCCACUUCCCAGCUGCUUCCAUCUCUGGAGAAGGAUGAACCCCGUAAAAGUUUCGGGAUCAAGGUUCAAAAUCUUCCAGUUCGCUCUACAGACACAAGCCUUAAAGAUGGUCUUUUCCACGAGUUUAAGAAAUAUGGAAAAGUAACCUCGGUGCAGAUCCACGGGGCCUCAGAAGAACGGUAUGGCCUGGUUUUCUUUCGGCAACAAGAAGAUCAGGAGAAGGCACUGAAUGCAUCGAAAGGAAAACUCUUCUUUGGCAUGCAGAUUGAAGUGACAGCAUGGAUAGGGCCAGAAACAGAAAGCGAAAAUGAGUUCCGCCCCUUGGAUGAAAGGAUAGAUGAAUUUCACCCAAAAGCAACAAGAACUCUCUUCAUCGGCAACCUCGAGAAAACUACCACCUAUCAUGACCUGCGUAAUAUCUUUCAACGCUUCGGAGAAAUCGUGGAUAUUGAUAUUAAGAAAGUGAAUGGAGUUCCUCAGUAUGCAUUCCUGCAAUACUGUGAUAUUGCAAGUGUCUGCAAGGCUAUUAAGAAGAUGGAUGGGGAAUACCUUGGAAAUAACCGGCUCAAGCUGGGUUUUGGAAAGAGCAUGCCUACAAACUGCGUGUGGUUAGAUGGGCUUUCUACAAACGUAACGGAUCAGUAUUUAACUCGACAUUUCUGCCGCUAUGGGCCUGUGGUAAAGGUGGUGUUUGACCGCUUAAAAGGCAUGGCCCUGGUUCUCUACAAUGAAAUUGAAUAUGCACAAGCAGCUGUAAAAGAGACCAAGGGGAGGAAAAUCGGUGGGAAUAAAAUUAAGGUGGAUUUUGCAAACCGCGAAAGUCAACUGGCAUUUUAUCAUUCCAUGGAGAAAUCAGGUCAAGAUAUCAGAGACUUUUAUGAAAUGCUAGCUGAAAGAAGAGAUGAAAGACGGGGCUCCUAUGAAUACGCCCCUGAUCGCACAUAUUACGAGACGGUUCGAACUCCAGGCACAUAUCCGGAAGAUCCCCGGAGAGAAUAUCCAGCCCGAGGGAGGGAGUUCUAUGCAGAAUGGGAUCCUUACCAACCGGACUAUUACGAUCCACGCUAUUACGAUGAUCCUCGGGACUACAGAGAUUACAGGAAUGACCCGUACGAUCAAGAUAUAAGGGAAUACAGUUACAGGCAGAGGGAGCGGGAAAGAGAACGAGAGCGGUUUGAAUCCGAUCGGGACAGAGAACACGAAAGGAGGCCAGUUGAACGCAGCCAGAGCCCAACUCACUCGCGGCGCCCACAGAGCCCCGGGGGAUCUCCUCCACCGCCCGAGAGACUGCAGAGUGAGCCAGAACGGAGGAUUUACAGCAGGUCCUCUGACAGGAGCGGCAGCUGCAGCUCACUCUCUCCCCCAAGAUAUGAUAAACUUGACAAAGCCCGCAUAGAACGCUACACCAAGAAUGAGAAGACCGAAAAGGAGCGCGCUUUUGAACCGGAGAGGGUAGACAAAGAGAAACGCGUGGUGCGGAAGGAAAAGCCGGAAAAAGUAGAGAAGGAGAAGACGGAGAAGCAGAAACGCAAAGCCAAAAUUCAUUCGCCCAGUUCUCAGUCCUCCGAAACAGACCAAGAAAAUGAGCGAGAGCCCAGUCCAGAAAAACUAAAGGGCAACACCAAACCGAGCAAAGAGAAGGUUGACAAAGAAGGGACGGCCAAAAACCGACUGGAGCUGUUGCCUUUUGUGAUUCUGACUCGAGUGAAAGAAAAGGAGGGGAAGGUUAUCGAUCAGCCUGCCUUAGAAAAGCUGAGGGCAAAGAUUGAUAAUGAUACCGCUAAGCCUCCUCCUCCCCCUCCCCCGCCCCCACCGCCACCACCUCCUCCACUCGACCAGAAGCUCCAGGCCUCUCAAGUCGAGCCAGCAAAACCUGACCAGUCUAAACCGGAGCCUGUCCGAACUAAGGUGCCAAAGGAGAAGGCCCUGGCAAGCCACGUCGAAGUGGUCGACAAGGAGGGAAAGCUCAAGCCCAAGAAGCACCCGAAAACCGAGCCGGCUCCCGAAGGGGCGAACGUGGUAGACCUGGACAAGCUGGAGGCCCGAAAAAGACGCUUCGCCGACGCCAACCCAAAAGCCGAAAAACCAAAAGCAGAAGUCAAAAGAAGCAGCCCAGAUGAAGAGGAUUCUCGGGUUGUGGUAAAAAAGCAGCCGGAGGUGUCUUCCCGGGAUGCGGCGGUGCCCAGGGAAGGGGACCCUGAGAAGAAGCCUGUGAGGAAAGAGGUGCUGAAGAGAGAGUCCAAGAAAAUCAAACUGGAGCGACUCGCUACCGUUACCAGCCCCAAGGAGUGUCAAGAACCCGCCGGGGGCUCCCUGGGAACUGGUUUAAGGCCCAGCCUGGAUCAACAGGCAAGGUUAGGAGAGCCAGUCGAGGAACCGGUGGAAAAUCCAGAAAACCCACCUAAAAAACUUAAUCCUCUAAAGCCCCAGCUCAAACAGCCGCCGCCAAUAGAGGACCAGGGAACUGAGAGGGAGGAUAUUCGGAAAAAUUACUGUGGCCUCCCCGAAGAAAUGCCCGAUCAUAAACCUGGCCAAGAGAAACCACUCUCAGCAGAGACCGAAGAAAAAAUUGGCAUCGAUAUCGAUCACACUCAAAGUUACCGGAAACAAAUGGAGCAAAGCCGCAGAAAACAGCAGAUGGAGAUGGAAAUUGCGAAGUCUGAGAAGUUUGGCAGUCCUAAAAAGGAGGUAGAUGAAUACGAGAGACGGAGCCUCGUUCACGAGGUGGGCAAACCCCCUCAAGAUGUCACCGACGACUCGCCUCCGAGCAAAAAGAAGAAGAUGGAUCAUUUGGAUUUUGAAAUUAGCACUAAAAGAGAGCGAAACUACAGAAGCUCCCGGCAGGUGAGCGAAGAAUCCGAAAAGACCACCGGUUCCCCUAGCGCCCGCCAUUUUCCUUUUCACGAAGAGGAAGAGUCGGGCGAGUCCCCAAAGCCGGCGCCCUUGAAAGAAAGCAAAGAGUCUCCUAAAAUAGAUGAGAAAGGGCUUUCCUUUCCCAACCUGACAGUCCGGGAAGAGUGCCUAAAAUCGAAUCCCUAUGAUUCCAGCAGGAGGGAGCAGGUGGCAGACGUGGCCAAAAUCAAGCUUUCAGGCUCGAAUUCCGAAGAGGAGUCCAGUCGGUGGGAGGCUCAAGUGAAACCAGAACCUGGCAGAGUGGACGUCAGCUUUCCGAGCAGCAUAAUCAAGAGAGAGGGCAUAAGAAAGAGAUCCGUGCGCGACCUGGAGCCCGGAGAGGUGCCCUCUGACUCGGAUGAGGAUGGCGAACACAAGUCCCGGUCUCCCAAAGCCUCCUCGUUACUAGAGAGUUCCCGGCUCUCUUUUUUACUAAGAGACAGGGAAGACAAACUCCGUGAGAGAGAUGAGAGGCUUUCGAGUUCUUUAGAAAGAAAUAAGUUUUAUUCUUUUGCCUUGGAUAAGACUAUCACGCCAGACACUAAGGCCCUGCUUGAAAGAGCGAAAUCCCUCUCUUCUUCCAGAGAAGAGAACUGGUCUUUCCUAGAUUGGGAUUCGAGAUUUGCUAGUUUUCGAAACAACAAGGACAAAGAAAAAGUAGACUCGGCCCCAAGGCCUAUCCCGUCGUGGUACAUGAAGAAGAAAAAAAUCAGAACUGACUCGGAAGGGAAGAUGGAUGACAAAAAGGAGGAUCACAAAGAGGAGGAGCAGGAGAGGCAGGAACUGUUUGCCUCCCGGUUCCUACACAGCUCGAUCUUUGAGCAAGACUCGAAGCGUCUGCAGCACUUGGAAAGAAAAGAUGAAGAACUCGACCUCCUUUCCGGGAGGCUGUACGGGAGGCAGGCGUCAACUGAUGGGGCAAACAGCGCCUCUGAUUUGGUUCAGGAGCCCGUAGUUCUGUUCCACAGUAGAUUCAUUGAGCUCACCCGCAUGCAGCAGAAAGAGAAGGAGAAAGACCAGAAGCCCAGGGAGGCGGAGAAGCCGGAAGACAGAGAGGCCCGGCCCAAGUCCCCGGAAUCGGUUUCUGAAAACAAAGAACCGGAGCCUAAACCCUCAGCCGCAAUGGGGCCUCCGACAGCCCCCGCCGACCCCCAGGAACCGGGGCCCUUGGCGCCCGAGAAGGCCGCAAAUGAAAAGGCAGGCGAGGGGCCUCCUCCAAAAGAGGAGAAGCCGGCGGAGCAUGCCCCCGUAGCCGAAGAGCCUAACUCGGGGCCCGAGCCGGCCGCUUCCGUCACUGCGGACCCCCCGGGACCAGUAGACCCGACCCCGGCAACCGAGACUAGCAAGGAGGUGGUUCCCACUCAGCUGGUUCCCGAGGACAACUCCGUGUCCACUGAGCAUCCCUCGUAUUUAGAUACCAAGCCCCCGACCCCCGGAGCCUCAUUUUCUCAAGCGGACGGCGGCACAGAUCCAGAACCCGAAAGCGCCGCAUUGAACCCACCCUCUUCCAAGCCCGCCCUGACGGCUGAGGAGCCGGGCGAGCCUCAGGAGGAGAAACCGGUGCCCGCCGUCAAUCCAGACCCUAACGCCAACCCGAAAGCCGAGGUGGCUCCGGAGAUUCAGCCCCAGGGCUCGGACAACGAUCUGGAAGUUGAUCCUCCCGUGGUGGUAAAGGACAAAAAGUCAUACAAAAGCAAACGCUCCAAGACGCCGGUUCAGUCAACCGUGGCGAGCGUCGCCGAGAAGCCGGUCACGAGAAAGAGCGAGAGGAUUGACCGGGAAAAGUUGAAACGGUCCAGUUCGCCCCGCGGAGAGGUACAGAAACUCUCGGAGUUGAAGGUGGAGGCGGAGAAGGUGGCGAGGAACGCCGCCAAGUCCCCGGGCUCCGCGGCGGAGCCGGAAAACACCGAGCCAAGCUUACCCGUCAGCCGGACCAGGCGCAGAAAUGUGAGAUCGGUGUAUGCCACCACGGGGGACAACGAGGGCCCGUCACCCAUCAAGGACCCAGUCGACCAGCCCCGGACCACCAGGAAACGAGGUGAAAAAGAGCCCCAGGAGACGGCCACGGUCCCCACUACUCCCAGGCGGGGAAGGCCUCCCAAAACGCGCCGCAAGCCCGAGGAAGACGUGUCCCCCGUCAAAGUGGAGCCGGCUCAACAGGAGCCAGAGGAGCCAGAGGCUAAAGAGACGGUCGAACCCCCCAAAGCCGUCGAGGGCUGGAGGUCUCCCAGGGCCCAGAAGGCGGCGGCCGCCGGCGGCCAGCAGGGCAAGAAGGGGAAAAACGAGCCGAAAGCCGAAGUCGCGGCCGAAGCGUCGGAGGACGGGCCCGAGGCGGGCUCCCAGGAGCCGCAUGCCGCUGAAAGCGGUUCAAAAUCCAAGUCUGACAAAGAGGAGGCGGGACCUGAGCAGAAGCGGGACAAGAAGGAAGCAGACCCGGACCGAGAGCCCACCGAAACGCCGCCGGUGGAGAUCGUGGAGAAGAAGCCGGUCGCGGAAAAGAGCACCAAAUCGAAGAGGGGGCGGUCUCGCACCGCCAAGGCUGCCGUGGACAAAGCCCCGCUCUGUCUGAAAAACGUAGAGAUCCGCCUCAACGUCGAUGAGGUGAAAGGGGCCCUGCGGCCCACCGAAGAAGAAGCAGAGCCCGUGGUGGCGUCCCCAGGGAAGAUGAAGAGCCCUCCCCCGAAGGACGACGGUCCGGCGCUCCAGUUUGCGAAGGCCGAGCCGGGGCCUGCCCCCGGUCAAGACACGGAGAAAGAGGUACCACGGGAGCCGAGGCAGUCUCCGGAAGCCGCCCAGUUAGCCAAGCAGAUUGAACUGGAGCAGGCCGUGGAGAACAUUGCCAAGCUCACCGAGACCCCGUCCAUCGCGGCUUACAAAGAACAGGCAGCCGACGUGACGGAGGCUCGCCCGGACCAGGAGGAGGGUGACAAACCCGCCCACCAGGCUAGCGAGACCGAACUGGCCGCGGCCAUCGGCUCCAUCAUCAACGACAUCGCCGGCGAGCCGGAGGGCUUCCCGGCUCCCCCGACGUACCCCACGGACCCGGAGGCGGAGCUCUCCGCGGAUCCGCUCGUCUUGCCGUCGCCCCGGGAGGAGAUGGAGCCGGAGACGGACCAGGCCGUCUCGGGCCUCUUGGACAGCGACGCCCCCGGGGAGCCCCCGGCGGGGCAGCCCGGGAGCGGCCCGGUCGCCCCGGCGGUCGUGGCGGAACCCAAGGAGGCCGAGGUGAGCUUCAGCGAGUCUUCCAGUUCAGCCCAGGAAGCGGAGACGCUGCAGGAGGUGGACGUGUCCCGGAAAGACAAGGGCCGGCAGAAGGCGACCCGGUACCGCCGCAAGAGAAGCAUGAGCAAGAGGGGGGAGGCCGCGGAGACCAACGCGUUUGAGCCGGAACACGGGCGGAGCAAGUCUCCCGGGGCCAGCGAGGUGAAGUUCAAGCCCCAAGAGUUGCCGAAGGAGGACAAGCCGACGGAGAAUCCCCACCCCGCCUCCCCGGAACCAAGCGUGGCCGACCUGGGCAAGGACCCCGUUGCCGAGCCGGACCCGCCGGGCCCUCCGGCCGAGGACGACGCCCCCGUUGAAGUUCCGGACCCGCCCCCUCCGUCCGGGGACGACGGGAGUCCGGCUGGUCUCAAGCUCCGGUCGGCUGCCGAAAACGCCCCGGCCACCCCGCCGCCGGGUUUGCUCAGCACGCCUGCGCCCGCGCCGCCCUCCGCGACGGCGACGAAGCUCCCGGCCCCACCGGCCGCCGGCCUCGUCCCCCUCCACCCCGGCGGCGCCAAGGUGACCGAGUGGAUCUCCAGGCACGAAGAACCCCGGGCCCGCACUACCCCGCCCCCGGCCCUCCCCCCAGAUACCAAGGCCUCCGACAUAGACACCAACUCCAGCACCCUGAGGAAGAUCCUCAUGGAGCCCAAGUACGUCUCGGCGGCGAGCAUCGCCUCCACGCACGUCACGGCCGCCAUCGCGGAGCCGGUCAGCGCCCCCCGCCUGGAGGAGGUCCCGCGUCCCGCCGUAGAGUCCGUGAAACCGGUCUCGGAGGACAAGCCGGCGGUGCCCGUGACCAACGCCUCCGACCCGCCGGCGGCCGAAGCCCCGGCGUUCCCCGAGAAGGAGAAGGUCAGCACGGUCAUUGCCCCCAAAGCCACGUCGGUCAUCAGCCGGAUGCCCGCGAGCAUCGAUUUGGAGGAGACUCCGAGGAUCGCCCUGAUGAAGCAGGCCCCGGCGGCCCAGACGUGUCUGGUGAACGCCCCGUCGCCGAAGUACAAGCAGAGGCCGACCGCCAACGACAACAGCAGGUUCCACCCGGGGUCCAUGUCCGUGAUCGAAGACCGGCCCGUGGAGCCUGGCUCCGGCCCCGGCCUGCGCGUGAACACCUCCGAGGGCGUCGUGCUGCUCAGCUACUCGGGGCAGAAGACGGAAGGCCCCCAGCGGAUCAGCGCCAAAAUCAGCCAGAUCCCCCCAGCCAGCGCGGUGGACAUCGAGUUCCAGCAGUCCGUGUCCAAGUCCCAGCUGAAGCAGGAGCCCGCGGCUCCCUCCCAGCCGGCGCCCAAGGGUCCGCAGACCCCCGGGCCCUACGGGAGUGUCCCCGCCCACCCGUCCCUGGUCCUGGGCUCCCCGCCGUACAGCAGCGCGCCGCCCGUGAUGGCCGCGGUGAAGCAGGAGCGGCCUUCCCUGGACAAGCCCGAGGCCAGCCACCUGGCGGUCUCCACGCCCGCCACCCAGGCCGGCCCGGCCAAAGUCCUCUCGCAGGCAGCGAACACUCCGCCGGUGCUGGUGCACAGCCAGAUGGUCCUCCCUCCGGCCGCGGCGGCCGCCGCCAACAAGAAGCUGCCCGAGCCCGUCACCCUCAAGGUGGAGACCAAGGUCCUCCAGCCCGCCAACUUGAGCCCGGGGCUCAGCCCCCUCCACCCUCCUUCCUUAGCGGGCAAGCUGCACCCGGACGCCAACCACGUGGGCUCCGGGCCCAGCACGCCGACGGACCGAGCCAUCUCCCACCUGGGCGUCCCGAAGCAGGAGCCCCACUCGCCCCGCACCAGCGGGCACUCCCCCGCCCCGUUCCCCCGGGCCUGUCACCCGAGCGGCACCUCCUCCCCGGCGCUGUCCGGGAACGCCUCCGUCCUGCUGGCCCCGGGCAUCCCGGUGCCCCAGUACAUCUCCAGCAUCCACCCCGAGCAGUCCGUCAUCAUGCCCCCGCACAGCGUCACCCAGACCGUGUCCCUCAGCCACCUGUCCCAAGGGGAGGUCCGCAUGAACACCCCGCCGCUGCCGGGCAUGCCCUACGGCAUCCGGCCCGAGGCCCUCCACUCCCCGCGAGCGGCCCUGCAGCCCCCGCUGGAGAUCCGGCCCCAGCGGUCCAGCACUCCCCAGCCGGCGCCAGUCCGGGACAUGGUCAUCCCCCCGCUGCCCGCGCAGCACCCCGCCGACGAGGAGGUGCACUACCACCACCCCGUCUGCCGCGGGUCGGCCCCCGUGCAGUCGGACGUCCUGGUCAUGCAGCCGGACUACCGCCUCCACCCCCCGGGCAUCCGGCUGCACGACCAGUACAGCGUGCCGCGGGACAUGAGGAUGAUCAUGCACUCGCACAUGGCGGCGGUCGGCGACCACCACCCGGAGUCGAGGCGGUCCCGCACCCCCGAUGGGUCCGUGAAGACGCCCCCGGCCAGCAAGACCCCCCAGCCCGGGAAGGAGACCCCCAAGGCCUCGGAUGUCAAAAUGGCCCACUCGCCCCACAGCGAAGCCCGCCUCCUCAGCGUCCCGCCCAGCGGCCAGCUGCCGGGGCUGCCCCUCACCCCGCCCGUGGUGGUGCCCCACGGGGUGCAGAUCAUCCACCCCUCCGGGAGCUCCUUCCACGAGUACCGCUCGGUGUACGGCGACAUACGGAACUAUCACACGGCCGCCCAGCUGGGGCACCCUCAGUUUCCCGGCGCCUCCUCCAUCGGCAUGUCUUCCCGAAGCAUGACCCCCUCUCAGGGUCUGCCCGAAGGGGAACACUCCCAUCCCAGCCAACCCGUACGCAGCAAAACCCCACAGGUCUCCCAGGAUGCCAAGGGGCCCCCAACGGGAGGCCCCGAACCGUCCCACCUCCCGACUGUAAAUAGACACGCCGGCCAGAUGGACCCUCACAUCCACCUGCAGCGGGCCCAGGCCGAAACGGGUCAGACCUCUUAUCCCUCGCCGGUGUCCAUCUCCAUGAAGCAGGAGCUCCCUUCGCCGCACCCGCCUCCGGCCGUUCAGAAACAGCCCUUGUUCAUUCCGACCACCUCGGGCCCGGGGGCCCCGCCGGGACUGGCUCUGCCGCGCCCCGAGUCCCAGUCUGUCCUCAAGCAGGAUCCGCCUUCUCAUCCCGUGUCCCAGAGACCCGUGGAUAUGGUGCAGCUGUUAAAGAAGUAUCCGAUCGUAUGGCAGGGCCUCCUGGCGCUCAAGAACGACACGGCCGCGGUCCAGCUCCACUUCGUCUCCGGGAACAACGUCCUGGCCCACCGGUCCCUGCCGGCCCCUGAGGGGGGGCCCCCGCUGAGAAUCGCCCAGCGGAUGCGGCUGGAGACCUCGCAGCUGGAGGGGGUGGCCCGCAGGAUGAUGGUGGAGAGUGAUUAUUGCCUGCUGCUGGCGUUGCCCUGUGGCCGCGACCAGGAGGAUGUCGUGAACCAGACGGAGUCCCUCAAGGCAGCGUUCAUCACCUAUCUGCAGACCAAACAGGCUGCAGGGAUCAUCAACGUUCCCAACCCCGGCUCAAAUCAGCCCGCUUACGUCCUGCAGAUCUUCCCGCCCUGCGAAUUCUCGGAGAGCCACCUGUCCCGCCUGGCCCCGGACCUGCUCGCCAGCGUCUCCAACAUCUCCCCCCACCUCAUGAUCGUCAUCGCCUCCGUAUGAGCCGCCGCCGGGGGCCCGCUUCGGUUUGCGUUUUCCACGGCCCUGCAGCGGAAGAGCGAGCGAGCGAGCUAGGAAGACAGCUGGAAAGCGGCAGGAGGACGUGCUGCCGGGCGGGAGGACAGACGGACGGGCGGGCGGACGGACGGACAGCCAAACCUCCCGUCUCACUGGCCUCGAUGACACUUGUCGCUGGGUAGUGGUGCUGCUACCUUGUAUGUUUACAUAUCGCUUUAGCUUACGGACAACCGAUGCACUCAGCAGGCACGUUGGGGUUGGGUUCUCAAACCUCCUUUCGGCGAAAGGAAGAGGGUGGCGGAAUGAGGAUUUUUUUUUUUUUUUAAACAAAUGGAAAAAGAAAAAAAAAAAAAACAGACAAGCAAACCCCGAACUGCCUUUGCACUAAAUUAGUGACUUGGAUUUUUGCCCAGUUGAAGACAUGCUGUGAUGCUCUGGAUGUCUCGACACACAUUGACAUGCAUUGUGGACUCGAAUGCGGGACUUGGGAAUUUCUGCAGAAAUCGAGGGGUCAAGGAACAUUUCAUACAAUUCUUC